GUAAGUUUAGAGUGAGAAGCGGGUCUCUCUCUACCCUCACGCGCCUGGCACGUACACCUGAAAGGUUCAGUUUUACCUUGAAGAGUGCACAGUAGUUCCUUGGCUUCCUCAUUCUUCAAAGCACACAACAUAUUGGAGAAAGAAAAAAACAAAUUAGGGUUUCCCAUUUGCGGAGAUGGCACUGUGCAGCCGAAUCAGAUCGGGAAUUUCAGUCUUCAACAAAUUAGCGUUCGCCGCUUCCCAGAGAUCCACUCUCCAACGAUCUCUCAUUGCCCCUUCCAAUUCCCUGGUCUCUAGAGGUUAUGCCAAUGUGCCAGGGGCAAAGGAAGAUAAAGUUAAGGUGCCACUGGCUAUGUUUGGUGGCUCUGGAAACUAUGCCUCUGCUUUGUAUAUUGCAGCAGUGAAAGCUAAUUCAGUCGAAAAGGUUGAGUCCGAGAUUCUUCAGUUUGUUGAGGCAGUUAAGAACAGUACUAAAGUUUCCCAGUUCAUAAGUGACUUGUCUGUGAAGAAAGAUAUUAGAGUAAAGGUUAUUGAAGACAUUGCUGGUCAAUCUAAGUUUUCUGAUGUUACAAAGAACUUCCUUGUCCUUGUCGCUGAGAAUGGGAGGCUUAAAAACAUUGAAACUAUUGCAAAGAGGUAUAGGGAGUUGGCAAUGGCAUACAAGGGAGAAGUGAAAGCCAUUGUGACAACAGUGAUUCCUCUUCCUGCCGAGGAAGAGAAGGCACUGAAGGAGACCCUUCAGCAGAUGUUAGGCACUGGGGCAAAGGUUCAUCUUGAGCAGAAGAUUGAUCCAAGCAUACUUGGUGGAUUAGUGUUGGAGUUUAGUCAGAAGGUCUUUGACAUGUCUAUUAAGACUAGGGCGCAACAGAUGGAGAGGCUUCUACGAGAGCCCAUCAGUAUUGCUGACAUAUAGAAGACAACAAUUUUCUCCUGAAAAUCUGUGUCAGCAUGAUUUAAUCAAGUAUCAAAUUCUUGUUUAGUAUAAAAAAAUGAGUGGAUCUGGAUUUGUUUGGGAUGGAAUGCCAUCAUUUUGCAAAUAAGAGCUACCUCUUUUCCAGCUUCCUGUUAUGCUUAAUUGUCAUCUCAAUGUGUUUGAAAUUUGAAUGCUAUUUGAUUUUAUUUGGACUUCUGAGGUGUUAAUUAGUUCACUGGUAUUAAUUUGCUUCACUUUGAUGCUGGUGAAUAUA